AAAACAGUCUGUAUAGUCACUGUUUUAGAAGAGAUACUAACACAACAGAACAGACCACUGUAUCAAAAGGAACCAGUCCAAUAAUUGGAAGCCCAUUUUUCUUUCCACAUCAAACCUUGAAUCAAUAGUAUCAUCAGGCUGAGCUGAGACACCCCAGGGCUUCGUGACAAAUGGUAUGCGCUUGGUGGUUUUGUUCCACACUUCAGUGUAUCCUGUUUGCACUCCAGCUCCAGUCAUGUCAUGGUAGAGGGCUGUUUGGUGGGUGGCUGUGCAGAUAGGAGAUUACUGUUUGAUUUGUUACUGAGAGAGCAACAGACUGGUGACAGAAGAAACAGUUUGCCUUUCUCCAGACAUAAUUGAGCCCUGCAGCAGAAAUCCUCUGUUACACAAAUACAACUCUUGAAGCUUGGAAGAUACAUGUGCUGCAAACAGUUCUGUCUUGGAGACUUCUGGGGCUGGAGAGAAUGAUAGCACAAAUGUCAAGAUUCUUAAGGCUGUAAAUGUUAAGCAGCUGGAACAGUUGGAAUUUUGGAGGUUCCAGACAAUUGUGCUUGCACAGCCUCAUUCCCAAGCCAAACAGAAAUGUAGCAGUGAAGGCCAAUCCUAAACCUUUAGUCAGUGAAGGGGAGGACAAGAGCCCUGCUUCUACUUCAUACUCGAAUAAUACCACCAAGCUCUCUACUGAUAACUGGACGUUCAACAGGACCCUCUCCAAUCUCAUCAGGAAGAACAUCCUGAGGUUUUUCGACCCAGAGAGGGACAUCUCUAUUCUGAAGGGCACAUUGAAACCUGGAGAUGUCAUCCACUACAUCUUUGAUCGUCAGAGCACUACCAAUAUCUCAGAAAACCUAUACCAGUUGCUGCCCACUGUAUCCCCCAUGAAGAACCAGUACCACAGGCGCUGUGGCAUCAUAGGGAACUCUGGGAUCCUACUCAACAGCAGCUGUGGGCCAGAGAUAGACUCCUAUGACUUUGUUAUCAGAUGUAACCUGGCGCCAGUGGAGGAGUAUGCUGGGGACGUGGGCCGGCGCACCAACCUUGUGACCAUGAACCCAUCUGUGGUGCAGCGGGCCUUCCAGGACCUGGCCAGUGAGGAGUGGAGGGAGCGCUUCCUGCAGCGGCUCCGGGGCCUCAGCGGCAGCGUACUGUGGAUCCCAGCCUUCAUGGCCAAGGGAGGAGAGGAGAGGGUGGAGUGGGCCAUCCGUCUCAUCCUGCUGCACACGGUUGAUGUGCACACCGCCUUCCCCUCACUGCGCCUUCUCCAUGCUGUCAGAGGGUAUUGGCUGACCAACAACGUCCAGAUAAAGAGACCAACCACUGGUCUACUGAUGUACACCAUGGCCACUCGCUUCUGUGAGGAGAUCCACCUGUACGGUUUCUGGCCUUUCCCUCAGGAUUCACAGGGGAAAUCAGUGAAGUACCAUUACUAUGACACUCUGACCUACGAGUACACGUCCCAUGCCAGUCCACACACUAUGCCACUGGAGUUCAGGACCCUGAGUUCACUCCACAGACAGGGGGCACUGCGUCUCCACACUGGCUCUUGUGAUGUAGGAACAUAAUCUAAAAACACAGCAUGGAAUGUACUGUAUGUCUCUAUCAAAAUGACCCUUACGCUUUUGGGAAAAUACCUCCUGCUCAGUUGAUGUCUGUCAGACACGGACAUCUCAGAGGAAAUACUUCCUGUAUUAAACUGUAGGACAUUUUUAUGUAGCUGUGAAUUUAGUUGAACGACAGUAUGCAGGAUACUGCAUGUCUUAUUUGGGCUCACAUUGUUGUCCUACAAGAGACAUGAGCACUGAAAAGUUUUUAACAUUUCUACAGUAACCUGUGAAAAUUUUACCUAAAACAGACACUUUUUAAUUUGUUAAAAAAUAACAAAUUUAAGUUGGUAUAUGCUUUUUUCAACAAGAAUACUUUUCCAUUUACAUGGAAGGUGUCAUGUAAAAUGUAUAUAAUUACAACAUUUAUAAAAAAAACUUCCUCCAAGGGCUAUGUAAAUGUGAAUUUAACUACUAAGUUAUCAAUAAUGUUUGUCUUGAUAUUUUGGUAAUUAUUCCUUUGAAUUAUACGAUAAAUCUACUUCAUCACUACUGUUGGAGACAUCAUAUCAGACAGAUCCAAGGCAGGAGCACCAGCCUGCAGAGCACUGGUUGAGCCACAAGAUGGAAGCACUUCUUCAUAAGGAAACUAUGACUAGUAGUACAUUUAGUUUUCCACAUUUUGUUUAUUAGUGAACAUGGGUUCAGCUACAUACUACUGUGUGAUGUUUUGUUAGCUCUCACCUUAAAUUGGCAAUUGUAUUAUUUAAAGAGUAGCCUAAUAGUGUAGGCCUAGUUUCUUAUUUUUGGCUUAACUUCUUCCUCAUCAGGGAAACUGGUUUGUGGUAUUUGGAAAUCGAGACCAUGGGACUAUAAGGUUAUAUCUGCACAAAGCAUGGUUCUGAGAUAUUGAGAAUUACAUUUUUCACAUCUCAGAAAUGUUUUGUAGUGAAUUAUUUGCUUUCAUAACCCAUUAAGGUCCUCGCCAUCAAGGUACCUAAAGUGCAGAGUAUCCCAAUUCUAAGACAUUUGUCAAUCUUUUUUUUUUUUUUUUGAGGUGCACAGGAUGUUAAAAUGAUUUCAAUUUCAAUAGAAAAGUACAGCUAUUUAAUGAUUAAAUAAAGAAAAUACCCUUCAUUA